GUGGCAGAGAUAAGCGUGGAGGUCCCAUUCUAACAUUUCCAGCUCGUAGUAACCAUGAUAGAAUACGGCAAGAAGACCUUAGAAGACUAAUUUCAUACCUAGCGUGUAUUCCUAGUGAGGAAGUAUGUAAACGAGGAUUCACCGUCAUUGUAGAUAUGCGUGGGUCAAAAUGGGACUCCAUAAAGCCUCUGCUGAAGAUUUUACAGGAAUCCUUUCCAUGUUGUAUUCAUGUUGCACUGAUAAUCAAGCCAGACAAUUUCUGGCAGAAACAGAGGACUAACUUUGGCAGCUCUAAGUUUGAGUUUGAGACAAAUAUGGUGUCUCUGGAAGGCCUUACCAAAGUAGUUGAUCCUUCUCAGCUAACCCCAGAAUUUGAUGGCUGUUUGGAGUACAACCAUGAGGAGUGGAUAGAAAUCAGAGUUGCCUUUGAGGACUACAUUAGCAAUGCAACCCAUAUGCUGUCCAGACUGGAGGAACUGCAAGAUAUACUGUCAAAAAAGGAAAUGCCUCAGGACCUGGAAGGUGCUCGCAAUAUGAUAGAGGAACAUUCACAAUUAAAAAAGAAAGUCAUUAAGGCCCCCAUCGAGGACCUUGAUGUGGAAGGACAAAAGCUGCUCCAGCGGAUACAGAGCAGUGAUAGCUUCCCCAAAAAGAACUCUGGGUCAGGGAAUGCAGACUUACAGAACCUUUUACCCAAAGUAUCCACCAUGCUGGACCGGCUGCACUCAACACGGCAGCAUCUGCAUCAGAUGUGGCAUGUGCGGAAAUUGAAAUUGGACCAAUGUUUUCAGCUCAGGCUGUUUGAGCAGGAUGCUGAAAAGAUGUUUGACUGGAUCACACACAACAAAGGUCUGUUUCUGAACAGCUACACGGAGAUUGGAACCAGUCACCCUCACGCGAUGGAGCUUCAGACACAGCACAGUCACUUUGCCAUGAACUGUAUGGUAAGAACACGCCUCCCUUCACAGCACUGGCACAUUGUCUAUUUGCUCUAUGUUGGGGUAGAG